AUAGAUCCUCGGCACUGAGCAGGAAGGCGAUGCAUUGAACGGCUUUUCUUUCGUUCUGGCGGGCGUGGCUUCUUAUGUAGAUAAAGGCCGGCAAGAACUUGGCGGAUUGGACCAUCCCGAGAGCAGUCUGUGGCGAAUUCAAUAGAGCUCGAAGAGCCGGUGGCCAAGCGACUGACUGGCUGGACGAAGGGAGGAAGCCCCUGGAUUAGCCGUGCGCGCUUGUGUGAGGGGUGCCUUGAAACGGCGGCAUCUCUUUUCCCACACAGACGCACCGUCGUCUCCGCUGAAAGUCACCGUCACGCGAGGAAAGCUCCAGCUUCACCGGGAAGAUGGCGAGUGUCAGAAAUGGAAUCGAAGGGACGAGUAGUGGUAGCGGCGGCGGCGGCGGCGGCGAAGAGACCUUUUCGCUUUGUCUGCUCCAUUUUGAGAGCAGCAUAAUGAGGUUGCCACUGCAUAUAAGAAGUCCUGUUCUUGCUGUUGCCAUUGUCGCUGACCUGUAACUUCAAGCAACAGUGUGCCCAGAAGGAAAACUUUGAAGAUGCCUUUGAAAACAUCCCUGUGGCCACCAAGAUGGAUCUCAAAUGUGCUCUGGAAGAGUGUUCGAUGGCAUUGAACUUAUUUCUAAACAACAAAUUCUCAGAAGCUCUGGAAUUACUUCGUCCAUGGUCUAAAGGUAGUAUGUACCAUGCACUAGGAUAUAGCACUAUUUUAGUAAUGCAGGCUGCUAUGACCUUUGAGCAACAGGAUAUCCAAAUGGGAAUUGCUACAAUGAAAGAAGCUUUACAAACUUGCCAAAAAUUCAGGAAAAGGAACACAGUGGUUGAAUCAUUGUCCAGUUUAGUUUCGAAACAGUCUGUAGAUCAGCUGAGUGAAGAGGAAAUGCAUGCAGAAAUAUGUUAUGCUGAAUGUUUACUACAGAAAGCAGCACUGACAUUUGUACAGGACGAGAAUAUGAUCAACUUCAUCAAGGGUGGCCUCAAAAUCAGAACAAGUUACCAAAUAUACAAAGAAUGUCAUCAAGUUCUCCAGAUGACCCAGGACAGCAAAAACAAGAAUGAAACCUACCACCAGUUUGAAGGGGGUGUGCAGUUAGGAAUAGGAGCAUUCAAUUUGAUGCUGUCCCUUUUACCAGGAAGAAUCCUCCGGCUUCUAGAAUUUAUUGGGUUUUCAGGCAAUAGGGAGCUGGGCCUCCAACAGUUGCGGGAAGGGGCUUCUGGUGCCAGUCUGCGGGCCAUACUGUGUACUUUCACCUUGCUGCUAUACCACACUUAUGUGUCAUUGAUCCUGGGAACAGGGGAAGCCAAUCUCUUAGAAGCAGAGACCCUUCUUCAGCCUUACCUCCAGAAGUUUCCAAAGGGUGCCAUCAUUCUGUUUUAUGAUGCCAGAAUAGACAUAUUAAAAGGAAAUUUUGAAAAGGCUCAGGUAACAUUUCAGGAAUGCAUUGCUGCUCAGCAAGAGUGGAAACAGAUACAUCACCUCUGCUACUGGGAGCUGAUGUGGUGCUACUCCUUCCAGCAGAAGUGGCUUCAAGCAUAUCGGUAUGCAGAUCUGCUUUGCAAAGAAAGCAGGUGGUCAAAGGCAAUAUAUGUAUUUCAGAAAGCUGCAAUUUUGUGUAUGCUUCCAGAAGCAGAUGUAAAAACAACAGGAGAAGACAUUGUAGCUUUGUUCAGGCAAGUGGAAGGCCUGAAACAAAGAAUUGCAGGGAAAUCUAUCCCAACUGAAAAGUUUGCUGUGAGGAAAGCCCGGCGCUAUGGCAGCUCUCAGCCUGUGAAGCUCAUAGUACCUGCUCUGGAAAUGAUGUACGUAUGGAACGGCUUUUCUAUUGUUGGCAAGCGAACUGACCUCACUGAGAAUUUACUAGUAACAAUUGAAAAAGAAGAGACUGCUUUAAAAAAUGAAACUUAUCACAACGAAUACUACAUGGAUGACGUCUGCCUAUUACAGCUGCUGAAAGGUUUGUGUUUGAAACAUUUAGGAAGACUCCUGCAAGCAGAGCUCUGCUUCAAUCAAGUUAUUCAAAGCGAGAAGCAGCUGAAAUAUGAUAACUAUCUAGUACCAUACACGAUGUAUGAGUUGGGCCUCCUGUACAAACAACAGGACGAAAGAGAAAAAGCAAUAAGAUUUAUAGAGGCUGCAAAAAACAAUUAUAAGGACUAUUCCAUGGAAUCCCGGUUACACUUCAGAAUCCACGCAGCACUUAACAGUCUUAAAGUGACUCCUGCUCCAACACCUUGACAUCGGGGCUGAUAUUAACACAAGUGUCUACAAGUGAUUAUUUGAAAGCUUAAAAAAUCAUGUAAAUGCUGUGACAAUGAUAUAUUUUUUAUCAUUUGUGAUAUUUGAAUGUGUCAUCCAUUGGGGCGCUUCUUUUUUCUAUGGUGCACUUCCAUAUCUCUGCUUGAUAUUUUAGAGGAAGACCUUCUAUUUUGCUUAUAAAAGGAUUCAUUUAGUGUUUGACAUGAAAGGGGAGUAUUUUAAAAGACAAUUGCUGGUGCAAUAAAGAGUAAUUAAAACAAUUUAUUUUUUUAUGAGGAGACUAAUAUUGUUUAUGCAGUGAAACUGUGUGAUGAUCCUAGUUCAUAGUUUCAUCAUUCCAUAAAGGCUUGAAUUUCUGCAAUAUUUUUAUUACAACUUUUUAGUCAUAACUGUAAACAAAAACAAAAAAGUUGGCUGCUGGUAGCCGUAGUUGUGUAUUUGGCAUUUGAAGCUUAGAUUUAUGUACCAAAGAUAUGACUGAUCAUAUUGUAGCCAAAAAGAAUGAAUGGCUUGAAGUCACUUCAUGAAUGUUAUCUUGAAUUCAGUGCAAUAUACUGACAAUGUAUCUCUAAACAACAUUAAAGGAAGAUAGUUUUUUUCAUUUGGUUUGUAAAGCUGUUCUUAAGAUACAUGCAGGAAGCCUUUCUCAAUGGUAUAUGGUUAAUCCCAUAAUGGUGCAAGGUUUAAAAAAACACUGAAUAAUAGCAGCAGUUCAAUUAUUUGUCCCACUGUAUGUAUUUAAUUAACUGAUGUUAUUGAGAGUGAACUGUACAAUAAGGAAAGCUGUUCUAAAUCCUGAGAACUGACACUCCCUCAGCUCCCACCACAAUGGUCAAUGGGCACCUUUUUGUAUUUUGUGUGUGCAUGGGAUGUUUUCUCAAAUUCCACUUUAAAUUACUAUUUCUUAAGGGAAAUUGACUCCUUUUUAAGGUGUAUUCAGCAUAAUUAUCACUGCGAGAUCUUUGAAUAUACUUGCGUUGUGAAACAGUUGUCCAAAUGCUUCCAAACAAGAUGGCUCUCUUAUUGUUCAGCUCAGUCCCCUGUUACUGACUUUUGGAACCUCCAGGCAGGUAUAUGUUUCUCUGGACAUGUACACUGUCUGUCCAGAUUCAGUCCUUUACCAAUAUAAUGAAAAUAUGUUUAAAAACAAGAACAAGUUCUGUUACAUUAAGGACCAAAUCUAUCCAUUGUGAGUGUUUACUGGCUUCAUAUAAAAUUGUAUAUUUAUAGUACAUAACGUUAUGAGUACAGUUUGAGGAAAUAAUUUUUCCUUGCCAUUAGGCACACUUUGUACUUAGGUUAUUAAUUGUGUGUUGCUAAAUUAGUGGGAAUUUGGAGUAUUAGAGUUUAAUUUUUAAAUAUAACAUUUUAAAUGUAAUUUAUAUUAUCACAAUUGUGCUGAUGGAUAUUGGACACCGUCCUGUUCAUAAGAAGCAAUUGUAGGAAUAAAAAGGACAACUUGUUGUUUGUUUGUUAGUCCAGCUUUCUAAAUUAAAUUAAAGGGUUUUCUCAAAGUAAUGGUGCUGGAUUGUUGAAAACUAUGUCCAACAGCCUUCUUUGUUUCUUGCUAUAUUUGAUCCAGCAAUCUUUUUAAAAAUAAUUUAUUCUUCUUUCUAAAGCCCUCUCUCAGAUCUUAUGAGUACCCUGAGCACUCAUGGUUACAGUGUGCAAAAGUGGGAGGAAGUCCCAUAGUCAACCACCUGCUCUUGCCAAAGAUCAUGGUUACAGUGCAGUUUGUCCAAAGGGGGCAGUGCCUUGACCGUGAUCGUGGAGAAUCCAUGAGCUGCAGCCUGCAUCCAACCAGUUUGCAGCAUUAUGGAUUUGCCAAAAUCAUGCUUACGCUGCCGCCCACUUUGGACAAAUGGCACUGUAACCGUGAUCAUUGGCACAAGGGGGUGAUUGAUAGUGGGGCGGUGGGACUAACUUCCUUCCCAUUUUUGCCUGGUGCAAUCAUGAUCUCCCAGGGCUUAACUUUUGAUGUCCUCAGUUUGGCAGUAGAGGAGGCAUUCGUUUCUCUUGGCAUUUUAAGAUCAUUAAAAUUUCAAAGAAGUGGGACUCCCUUGUUACAUUCAGGAUUAAUUCAAAUAAGGUGAAUUAGUGCCAAGUCUAAGGAUCACUGCACAUCACUUUUCCAGCUAUGAAUAUUAAUACUCAUGCCAAGAAACACAUAGAGUGUAACUUAAGAGUUCUGGCACAAAUUGCUUUCUUCCUCUCAGUUCAUAAGACAGGAUGAGUGUUCAACACAUUAUUUUAGUUCAGAUGUGGGGUUUGCAGACAAGCAGUUGUGAGCAGGAGAAAACAAGACUUGGGUUUGUUUACUAACCAUUGCUUAAUUAUAGCACUAAUUUACUCUUACUGGCCAAUAUCCAGAUUAAUCUUGUACCAGUGGGCCAGGAUUUUCUGUCACAUAGGAAGUGGGGCACAAUUUUUUAUGAUCCUCCUGCAACUUCCUGUUUUCUGAAAUGAAGGGUAACCCAGUCAUCAAGGGCAUAGUUUUGGGAGUCACAGCCAGCUGCAGAACAAAGCGCUGAGGGAGACUGCUGAAAAUUGUGUCCCCCUCCUCACGUGAUAGAAACCCCUGGUGCUUCAGCGCAGUGUUAGACUACACUGGCCACUAUUUCUCAAAUACCCAUGCCACGAGUAUUCUUAAAAUCUCAGUUCUUUUUUGUGUUUCAAUGUCCAGGAUUCUGUGUGCAGAACUUCAUUAGUGUCACAGGGUUAUUUAAUAAUGCUGUUGGACAAGAACAUGGCAAACAUACGUGGAAUUACUCUUAGGUUUUGAUAUAUUGUAAUGUUAAAUAUAUGCAGUUAUUCAAUAAGGUUAAGUCAAUCUCACUUCACUAGUUAUAAUUUUGCACCAAAAUGGUUAUAAUUAUAUAUUUAUGCUAUAUAAUUGUUGCUUUUAGUGAUAUAUUGCUUAUAGAAAUAUAUACUGCAUUGUGCUUUUAAUAACUGAUAAAAUAAUGCCUUCCACCAUUAAUAGAACAGUUAAUGAGAGAUGGUGUGUUAGAAGUUAGCUUGUUGAAGGUUUUUAUUGAUGUAAACUAUAAUGGUCAUGGUUAUCAACUCUUGCACCUUUCUCAAGGCCAGAAAAUAAUAUGGUAAAUGGAUUUGGAACACGUUGCCAGUAGCAACAUGAUGAAAAGCAACUCUUUUCUAAAUGAACACAUACAUUAUUUGGAUUUCUUUUUAAAUACUGGAUUUGAUUAUAAAUAUAGUUUCUAUUCUUACACUGCAUGGCUAAAAAAAAAAGUUAGUUCCUUCAGUAGUACUCAUUAGCUACUUUAUUUAUCGUGUCAUUUCACAAAGCUAUGUCAGAGGGUACUCAUUUACCACUAGUAUGUAAAAAUAAAAAAUAAAAAUAGAUUUUCAGCCUGAUUCUAAGUAUUUGUGCUUGGAAGUAGGACCUGCUUGGGUUCAGUAGAAUUUAUGUCCAGAUGUGUGCAGAGGACUGCAGUCGUACUGGGCACUACCUCCUUUCAGUGAUGCUGUACAACAUUGAGAAUAGUGUCACUAAACAGAAUUUGGACCAAGAUGGUAUCCAUACCUUGGUGUUGUUUUUGUCACAGUUCUGUCAUCCUUUGCUAGGAAAGCAACUAAUAUUCUAGUUCUAAAAAUAAAUAUGUGAUUAAAAAACAAAUGGCAGUGAUAAAUAGUAUUAACUGGCUGAAUAACUUGCUCUUUUGACUGAUGAUAAAGCAUGAUCACAGUGAGAUUUUAGAGAUUAGGCCCCUUCAGCAUUAAAACAUUCCCAAGAGCUGCCCACUGUGGUGCCUCAUCCCCACAUUCUUGUAGAGGCUGUAGAGAAUAUGUUAACUAAAUAUGGAACUGGAUGUCUAAAUGUUUAAUAAUGGGUAUUUCAUACGCAAUUUUACUUUCAGCUGUACAAAAUGGUGCUUCUCGUAUAAGUGUAACGUCUUACCAGUACACAACAGCAAAUGGCUGACAAAUAGAUAAACUUUAUUACAAUCGUAGAUCAGACUGUACCACACAAAAAAUUACACAAGGCUAGAGCAUAUAAUACAAACAAUGUAGCAAAACCCAGCCACAUUGAAAGUGAUCUCUUUACAAAGGUUAGAUAACAAAAACUCUAAAUAAAAUUCAUCGGAGUGACCUGAAACUUCCCCAAAAGAGGAGAAAUUAGUUUUAAACGAGCAUCACUAUAAAAUUUACAAUAUAAAAUAACAUGAGGGGUAGUUUCUAUGACACCCAUUCCACAGGGGCAAAUCCUUAAAUUAAAUGGAAUCCCUUUAUAUCUACCAUUCCUAACAGCUGUCGGAAAGGCGUUUAGGCGGGCAAGAGUAAAUGGACACCUAACUUUAGGGAUAAGAAUAUUAUCUAAAUAUGCUGCUGGUUUGGAAUUAAAAAGUUGUUUCCUCAGAUAGAUACCACUCCUUAGACAGGCUGUAUCCACUUGUAAUUCUGUAUCGGCAAUAUGCUGCUUAAUAACCUGCUAGGCCUGAUCAUGUCCUAAGAAUUUCCUCAUGGGAGACCCCCAAAUUGAAAAAGUUUAUUUUUAACCAAGGUCUUCCACUUAUAAUUAAAGUCAUCAAUCAUUACCAAGGAAGCCAGGCCUACAUUGGCAAAAACCAUUUUUAACCAAAACUUUAUAAUACAGGUCCAGCAACCCGAUUCAACCAUAGCGAGACCUACUUUUCGUCUAAUAAGACAGUUGAGAAUGCAGAGGGGAACUUGAAGAAUGGCUCUAAUAAAUUUAGACUGUACAGCUCCCAGCGGGCCAAAAUUACUAGGAGGCCCCAGUUAGGCACCAUAAAAAAAAUAAGGGAUAGACUUUAGCAACAAAUAACUUAAUCGCCACUGGGAUACAUGAGGCCCCUCUCGUAAAAUGGAAUGAUUUUAUUUUAUUUGUAGAAAUUUGAGCAUUUUGUAUGGACAAAUUUAAAUGGGCGUUUCACGAGCCAGAAGACUGGAAAACAAUUCCAAGAUAUUUAAAUGAGUUGACCUGCUUGAUUUUGUGCCCCUGCAUAACACAACUGAGACAUUUGGCGAACACUAAGAUUUUCGUUUUGUGAUAAUUGACUUCAAUGGAUUCCUCCCUACAGAAAUCAUAUAAUAUACCAAGGGCACAUUUUAAUCCUAUGGGUGUCUCAGUCAUGAUGGCCAUAUCAUCUGCGUAUAGAAGAAUGGGAACAUGUCUAUUGGACAGUUUUGGAGGAUGAAUGACAGGAGUCAAAAGACAGGACACUACAGAAUUAUUAUAGAUGUUAAACAAAAUAGGUGCUAGUAUGCAGCCCAGUCUUACUCCUCUAAAGGUGGAGAUUUUUGAGGAUAAAUGACCUCUCAGGGUAUAUAGAACCUUUAAACAAGAAUUUUUGUGUAGAUUAAUAAUUAAUAGCAGAAGGCGGGUGUCAAUUGAUAGUUCUUUCAGUUUCAUCCAAAGUCUUUCCCUAGAGAUGUAAUCAAAAGCUGACUUUAAAUCAAUAAAGGCUACGUAGAGAGCAGAGCCAGGGUUUUGCGUGUAUUUGGCUGCUAAAAACUGGAGGAUAAAAGCAUGCUCUAUGGUGGACCGGCCCACUCUAAAGCCUGCCUGUUCAGAAGCUAAAACAUUGUUAUCCAUCCAAUCGGUCAGUUUGCCUAGUAGGUGUUUGGCGUAUAGUUUGCUGAUUAUGUUUAAGAGGCUUAUGGGUCGAUAGUUAGCAGGAUCAUCACAUUUCCCUUUUUUAUAAAUGGGGAUUAAGAUAGCUACUCCCCAAUCCUUCAGUAUUUCAGCUGUUAAAUCUAUGUACGUGAAGAGAUAAGCUAGCAUCGGAACCCACCAAUCCAAAUUUGCUAGCAAAACUUCGAUGGAAAUACAGUCAAUUCCUGGGGCUUUGGCUUUUUUAGAUUGUUUAAUGAGGUUUUAAACCUCCAUGCAGGAGAUAGGCUCCCAGGGAGGCAAAUCAUCAAUAUUUAAAUCAGUGUUACACACUGCUGCAUCUAGUUUCUUAUACAAACUGGAAAAAUGUCCUUCCCAUAACUCUGCAGAUAUAAUAAAUGGAGGAGGUAUAGGAGCUCUAUUUAAUACAGGUGAAGCUAGCCUCCAGAAUAUAGUAGAGCUUUUGGAUUUAGUGGCCUCUAUUAAUUCAGCCCAAUUGCGUUUAACUAAAUGGAAUCUCUUAAAUUUUAAUAGUUGCUUAUAUUGUAGUUUCUUAGCGUGGAGCUCCUGAGUAGUAAUGUUAGAUGUGCCCUUGGCAUAACACUUAAGAGCACUAAGUUUCUUUUUGCAGCUACACACUCCCUGUCAAACCUUGGGUGGGGGGAGAACUUUAAACAAUUGCUGGAUGGAGGAGACAAAUCAACAAGAACAGGGAGCAAUAGAGACAAAAUGCUCUCAUAGCUGUCUAGCACAGAUCUCGUCAGAGAAGUGGCAGACCCUGCAAUGAUUACGUCGUGGAGACGGGAAAGAUUAGUUAAAUUAAGUGCAUCAGUACGUUGCCUAGCUUAAGCCUCGGACCAUCUUACCUUAGCCCUGGUCUGGGCACGGCUCCUGAGUACCCACUGGGUGUGCCCCACCCUUCAACCCGAGAGUCAAAAGGAUCGGGAAGUGAUCACUCUCAGAGCGGGGGAGAAUUUGAGAAUUACUCACCUAUGAGGCCAAGCUAUAAGUAAUAGCUACAUAGUCAAGCAGUGAGGGUUUCGGACCCGACCAAGGAGUAAAUUCCACAGGACAGUCAGACGAGACUGCACCAUUAAGUAAAAAUAAUUCUGCCUUAUAACAUCAUAACAAAAAGUCUAAACUUUUUGGUCUAAUAUGGUCUAAUAUGCAUUGCAUAUUACAUCUUUGGACUGUCUCAUGAGGAAUGGGGCGGGGAUAGGUAGAGAUGGAGGGAACUGGUGAAAUUUUCUAAACAAAGUGAAAUCAUCUGGGCCACCCCGAGAAUUGAAAUCCCCAACCACAGUCAAGUGUGCAUGCAGAUGUUUGGCGUGCAUUUCUAGAACAAAACUCUCCAGUUUCAGCCACAUCCCCUUCUCAUCAACAGGCAACAACAGGCUUCUGGUGUUGGGGGGCUUGGGAGAAUGCCCCGCGCAUUUGAAUGGGGCAUUCUGGGACUCCUGUGGGCUGGGAGGUGCCCGACCUGCUUUCCCCACGAAACUGCUUGUGUGGAGAGCCUCAGUAACUUCCUUCCUCAGUAGCUGGUUUGGGCUCUGGGGUUUGUCCCUGGUUGCGGAAUAAUGUGUGUCCCAGGUGCCUUCCUGGAAAGCUGCUAAGGCUGUGGCUUCAACUAAGAGGAUCCAGAUACUUCCCGUGUUAUGAUCCAGCUGCCAAUUCCCACCCCCCACUCAGAAUUGCUUACUUACAACUAUCAUUACCUGUCCAACUUUGUUUCUUUACUUUUUUCUGACAGCAGGAAGCUGGACUGUAACUUCUUAUAUUGACUCUGUUACCUCAAAAAGAGGCAUCUCCUCAAAAAGCUCCUAUUAAUGCUAUUCUGGUAGGGUUUGUGUGUGUUUCUUCCCUUUCAGCACUUAAGGACAUAAGAACAGCCCUGCUGGAUCAGGCCCAAGGCCCAUCUAGUCCAGCAUCCUGUUUCACACAGUGGCCCACCAACUUCUCUGGGGUUUCUUGGUGACUUCAACAGUUCCUUCCCCAGCAAUUCACCAGCACUCUCUGUCCAUCCUCAGUCAAAUGUAAAAACCUUCAGCUCCACAUUUCUUCUCCCAGCUGUUGUGUUUUUUCCUUCCUUCCACACUAACCUCCCAGUUAAAGCCACACCCUUAGCGACUCCCUUAGCAACAGAGACCACAUAACAAUACAUCAGUCAAACCAAGAAUAAACCCAUAACCAGUGUUCCCUCUAAGUCAUAUGCGUGUGUGCUCACUCACACAUUUUUUAUGUCUGCGCAGUUAAUUUUAGAUCCUGCUCAGACUGAAUAAGGAAAGCCACACUCUGAAUGCACAUGCUUAAUGUAUAUGGAAAUCAAUGUUGCCUCCAAUGCAGAAAGUAGCAAGAUAUUCAGCAAGCCUCCCGUUACUUUUUUGAACAGUAGCCUUCCACACUAAAGAGCAAACUCUUGUUUACUCUCAAAGGAGUUUUUACAAUCUGUGGCUGAUGUCCUCAUUGCCUGUGCAGAGGCACUGUGUGCAAAGUGCCUCUGCAGUAUUUAAUAAUCUGGCAUCCCACUGCAUGGGUGGAGAGGGGGGACAAUUUUUGUUGAACUCUCCUUCUCUUGAUAGUACGCUCUUUAACACCUCUAAAUAUUUUUCUGAGGGUCACAGAAUCCCCCACACACAGCAGACCGGGGCAAUGUUUAUUUGAAUUACUAAACACUGCUGAGGUGCUUUGCACACAGUGCCUCUGCACCUUUACUGAAGAGGUCAGCCAGUUAUGCAGGAUUAUUGUUCAAACCAUAACAAAUAUCCUCCUCAUAUCUGCAAGUCCUUGUUUAUGCCUAAAACAACUUUCUAGAUUGCUCCCAUUAAUGAUAUGCACCUUCUGUUUAUCUUUUGGAGUAAACAUAACUUUUAAUAACUUUGAUAUUAUUUACAGUAUAUAGUCUCAUUAUUUAAUUCUGUUUCCAUUUGUAUGGGAACACCAUGCUAUUUUUCUUUCUCGUACUCCUCUACCUUCAUAACCAGUCAUUGGUUUUAAGGCUUUAUUUUAUUUGCUUCAUUUUUGGAGGCAGUUGAUACUGUUCAGUGUUUCUGUGCGGUGUUCAGAGUUUGUGUGUUAGCUAAAGUAAAUAAUUGACAUAUAUGAGAAAUAAAGACAAGCGUGUUUUCUCCA